AUAUAUAUGUCAGCACGGAAGACAGAAAAUUUUUUUUCCGUUUUUAAGGGUUUAAUUUAGUUAAAAGUGCCAUUAAUACUCAUUAUGUGGAGCUUUCUUUUUCUCUGGUCCUGCAUGUGUAUUGCUGUUGUUUCUCAAACUGUAAUUUUUGGACACAGAAGAGAGCGGCUUGACAUCAGAUGCCCCUAUAAAUCUGGAUAUGAAUCAAAUUCAAAGUAUUUUUGUAAAGGCGAGUGUAAGUUUGGAAAUAAAAACAUCAUGGUUAAAUCAGGAUCUCCAGCUGAAGACGAAAGAUUCUCUCUGACUGACGACACGACGGCCAGAGUUUUCACCGUCAGCAUCACUGACCUGAGAACAGAGGAUGAGGGACAAUACUGGUGUGCUGUGAAGAGGACUUUAAAUACUGAUGUCUAUUCAGAGUUUUUGUUGCUGGUUAAACAGGAUGAGAGGAUGACUGAAUUUCCAACCACCAAUCUGUUUUUAAUAACAAGCACACAUGUUUCAUCAGCUCCUCUGACUCCUCAAACCCUGUCUGCACCUGACUCAGGUUCAUUCAUCAUCAUCAUCACUGCAGGAGGUUUGGUUUUGCUCCUGAUCUCUGCUGUAUUGCUUUUUGUGGCUGUACGAAAGAAAAAGCAGACUUGUGGUCUGGUUUCCUUCUCUACUGAAGAGCUUCAUGUGACAACAAGAAGAGGAGAAGAAAAUGCUUACGAGACAGGAAACUCAGCUGUGGUCUCAAACUCUCACACAGCUCAAAGUGAUGACGGUUCUGCUGCAAACUAUUUUCACAGACCUGCAAACACAGAAAGAGUUGACACAGUCAUUGACUACGUGAAUGUAGCUGCUGCAGUGAGAAACAGUGUACAUCCAGAUGAAAUCUACACAGAACUGAAUGCCAGUAGACAGAGUGACAUUUAUCAGAGUCUCAGAACUGAUUCUGUUCAAGAAGAGAUCUAUCACAUUAUUGAUCAAACAAUAGACUGAAUACGGUAGCCUCACAAACAAUCAAACCAUGGUAACAAUAGUCUUAAAUAAUUUUGUAGGUCUAAUACAUGUAAAAUAGUGUAAAUAUGAUCAAUUUGCUGUAAAGAUUGAUUUUUAACUGUACUGUUCCAAAUAUAAAACAGUGUUUUUUUUUUCUUGUAAAUACAUCUGAAAUAAAAUGGGGCCAUCAUAAUACACCUGCAACAAUAGGUGGCGUCAAAAAACAAGUCUUCUUUUAUUUCAGUUGAUUUCAUCUUCAUCUGUGGCUGAAGUCAUUUGUAGUUCUUGUGUUUGUCUUUCCUUCGGUGAUUCUUCUUGAUAACAGCAGCUGUUCAUCAUUAAUGGUCAAUCAUCACAUAAUUAUCUUCUUAACUCCAACACUGCUUCAAUUCUACUUGAACACUCUGUAGUGUGGAAACACAUGAACACUGAGCAGUGUGGGGACUUUGCUGUGAAUUAUUACAUAAAUCUUACCUGUUUCAUUCACGUAUGACUGAUGCAUAUGAAUUACAUUAAGUUUAUUGUUUUGUUUAUGUUAAAACUAUGUAAUCUAAAUGGAUGGAAAAU